AUGACAGCUGUGGAGUCAAAGAGGCCCCUCUCAGACCGCCGCAAGGAGAGGUCUCGUGAGGCAGCACGCUCUCGCCGCAGUAAGGAGACGGAGCUCUUCGUUCAGCUGGCCGAGCAGUUGCCCCUACCGGAGAGUGUCAGAUGCCACCUGGACAAAGCCUCCGUCAUGAGACUGGCCCUCAGCUACCUGCGUACUCGUAGACUCCUCAGUGCAGGGUACCCUACCAAACACGUAGGAGAUGGCAGACAGGAGAAUCAGCUCUCGCUGCAGUCCCUGGAGGCAUUUCUUCUGGUGAUAACGUCAGCUGGUGACAUGAUCUAUGUCACAGACAACAUCAGCAAGUUCAUGGGCCUGUCUCAGGUGGAUCUAAUAGGACAUAGUAUCUAUGACUUUACACACCCCUGUGACCAUGGUGAAAUUCAUGAAAACCUCAGUAUUAGAGGGUCUUCUUUUGGCCUGAAGUGCGGGGGAAGUCUGACAGAGAGAGAUUUCUUUCUAAGGAUGAAGUGUACUGUGACAAACAGAGGACGCACUGUCAAUUUGAAAUCAGCCAAUUGGAAGGUAUUACACUGCACAGGGCAUCUGAAGUUGUCCAGCUACAGUUCCACCUUCUCUGCUGAGUGUCCAGCGCUAGUGUGCGCGAUGCUCCUGUGUGAGCCGAUCCCUCAGCCGCCCGGACCAGACACGCCCGUCGGCAGCCACAUGUUCAUCAGCCAGCACAGCUUGGACAUGAGAUUCAUCACCUGCGACAACAGAGUAAUCAAAUUGUUGGGGUACCAACCAGAUGAACUUUCUAAACGCUCAGUGUAUGACCUCUACCAUCCCCUGGAUGCUACAAACAUGGCCAGAAGCCAUCGGAUCUUGUGUAUCAUGGGACAGGUGGUGAGUGGGCCCUACCGGCUGCUGGCCAAGUGGGGAGGCUUCGUGUGGGUGGAGACUCAGGCCUCAGUGCGCCCCGUCAGCCCCAACAACCAGUCCCACGUCGUAUGCCUCAACACGGUCCUGAGCAACAUAGAGGAGCGCUGGGUCGCUUUUUCUUUUGAGCAGACAAAGGCCGCACAGAAACAGGGGUGUCGCCCUGUACCCAGCAGGCUGAAGCAGGAGUCGGCAGCACUGCCCCAAGCAACAGAGGCCAGCCUGGGCUACUUCCAGCGUGAACCCAGGCAGUUCACCCCUCUGCGGUCCGGUGCGCCCUCCCACUCUUACUUCACCAUACAUGCGCACCUGAGCUCUUGCUAGACGCACGGCAUACCUGCCUGCAACCACAAAUACACCUCUACCUCAAUAAAUUAAAUACACCAGCACAACAAGGACCAUAAUCCAUUAAUGGCUAUAUCAAAAUAAGAUAGAAUGAUUUGUACUCUGUUACAAUAGGUUCAAUACAAUAAGUAUUGGUCACGUUUUAAAAUUAAAGUCUCAUGAGCUAUUUUUCAGCAGACAGAUGGUCAUGGUUCUUCCACUGUCUGACAUUAUUGUCUGGCACCUGCGGAAAACUUUUCUUUGGAUGUGCGCACCCACUCUCAAAAAAACAGCAGACAGAUGGUCAGACAUUUUUUUAAACAUGGUAUAUUAUAUGUAUACCUAAAGAUGUUAGUGGUCAACUGAUAUCUUAGAUGAGGAUAUGUCCUGCUGCACAUUCCAAGCAGAACAUGGUCCACAUCAGGAAGUCACAUCUAGUAUGUUGGGUACUUUCUGUCAAUGCCCAAUUACCAUUG